CAGACACCGCCGCCGACGGCGAGAUUUGGCAGGAGCGCCGCUGCCCACUACUGCCACGCCGUUCAGCAACGCCCCUCCUUGCUUGCCGCGUCAUCGCGCAUCCGGCACUACCGCCACUCUCCAUUGCCGCACCAAUGUUGACGACUUCAAUUGCCGCACCAACGACCAGGAGCUCCUAACCCUAGCCGUCGUCCGCCCGUGCUGCGCGCCUCUGCCGCCCGUCGGCCAGCUCGGACCUCUAGCCCGCUGAGCACCGAGGUCCGCGGGGUGACGCCCUGCGCGCGGUGCACCAGUGCGCCCCUGCCUCCCAGCGCCUGCGAGCCCGCCAGACUGCACGCUGUAGCUGCAGUCACAGUUCAUCAGUUCCGAUUCCAACUUCCAAGCCUGCCUCUGAGCACGACUGAAAUCGUCAAUCGCUGACCACUUGCCUUUUGUCUGAGGAGAUCCCCAUCUGCCUCGCCUGAACACCUGGUGACAGCCAGCCAAGAUGGAUAGAAGUUGGGUGCACAGCAGACUAUUUUCCCCUGAAUACGUUGAUGGUGUCAAAGAAUUUAUGAGUUUCAUUCAGGGGAAAUUCAAUGAGAAUGUUGAAAUUCUAUGCCCCUGUAGCAGAUGCCUUAAUCAGAAAUACCAAAGACAGGCUCUUGUGAAGAAGCACAUACUGAUGAAUGGUAUGGAGACUACUUAUACUCGGUGGAUUCAUCAUGGAGAGAGCUUAGAUGUUAAUGUUAUUGAGCAUCCUAUUGAUAUGAAUGACAAUGAUGAUGGUUCCACACAUGGCUUAAGUGUUGAUAUGAAUGACAAUGAUGAUGGCUCCCAACAUGGGUUAGGUGUUGAUAUGAAUGACAAUGAUGAUGGUUCCACACAUUGGUUAGGUGUGACAGAGGAUGACAACUAUGGUGAUCGUUUGGAAGGAAUUUUAGGAGACCUACAGGCUGCAGCGGCACCAGCAAGACCAGAUGUAGAAAAUCAAGUUGGUGCUGAACAACCUCGUGAUAGAGAGUCAUUUUUGAAGAUUGUUAUGAGAGAGGUAAAACGUCAACUUUAUCCUGGUUGUACCAAAUUUUCAAGGUUCUCAUUUGUGGUAAGGCUUUUUCAUAUGAAGUCCUUAUAUAGGAUCAGCAAUUCUGCUUUUUCUGCACACAUGAAUUUUUUGGCUGAUGCUUUCCCAGAAUACAAUGCACUCCCAAAAUCAUAUGAUGAAGCAAAGGGUAUUCUAAAGGAAAUGGGUCUUGGGUAUGAAUCAAUACAUGUGUGCUAUAAUAAUUGUGUGCCCUUCAGAAAGGGAUAUAAGAACUAUGACAAUUGCUCGGUUUGUGGUCUCUCAAGAUGGAAAGAUGCAGAAAGAAAGAAGAUUCCACAAAAAGUGUUGCGGCAUUUUCCAUUGGCACCUAGGCUAAAGAGAAUGUUUUCGACCAAAGAAGCAUCAAAAGCGGCACAAUGGCACAAGUUAAAGCGGCAGCCCAUUGAGAAGAAUAUGAGCCACCCAGCUGAUGGUGAGGCAUGGCAAGAUUUUGACCGUGAAUAUCCAGAUUUUGCCAAGGAUGCAAGAAAUCUUAGACUUGGCCUUGCUACUAAUGGGUUCAAUCCUUUUUCAGAAAAGAACACAAAAUAUAGCAUGUGACAUGUCUUUGUUGUGCCAUACAACCUAGCACCGUGGGAGUGCAUGGAGGAAUCAAACUUUAUGAUGGCUUUGCUUAUUCCAGGUCCGAAAUCACCCGGGAAGGACUUUGAUGUAUUUUUACAGCCUCUUGUAGAGGAUUUACUUGAGCUUUGGACAGGUGUCGAUACUUAUGAUGCUAUUACUGGAAAAUCAUUUAAACUUCGUGCAGCAGUUUUGUGGUGCAUCCAUGAUUACCCAGCUUUGAGCACUCUCUCAGGGUGUACAACAAAGGGCUAUUUUGCUUGUCUCCAUUGUGACAAGGAUCCUCUUUCAUAUGGCCUAAGGAGUAAAAUUGGUUAUUUUGGGCACUUUCGUUUCCUUCCAAAGGAACAUCCUUUGAGGACAAACAAUGAGUUUACCGGACUUCACGAAAGCAAUGAUCCACCAGGUAAAUUCUGUAUGGAAGAGCUGCUGGCUGAAUUGGAGAGAGUUAAGACGUCAGACCUGGGAAGCCACAAGGAACUGGGAAAAGGAAGCGUUCCAACUCUGAAGGGGGUCAUGUGGAAAUUUGGAGCCGGAUGGUUAGUUUAUGGAAGCUACCAUAUUGGAAAAAGCUAAAGUUGAGACAUAAUCUUGAUGUGAUGCACAUUGAAAAGAACAUAUGUGAGAGCCUAAUUGCGACAAUUCUCAAUAUAAAGGGCAAGACAAAAGACACAACUAAAGCUAGGCUUGAUUUGAAAGAUUUGGGAAUUAAAAAGGAGCUGUAAUUUAGAGAGGAUGGAGAGAUGCCUCAUGCUAGAUAUACCUUGUCCAUUGAACAGAAGAAGGCUUUUUGUGCUUUUUUACAAGAGGUCAAGUUUCCAGAUGGAUUUGCUUCCAACAUCUCAAGAUGUUUAAAUACUGAGGGAACAAUGGUACAAGGGCUAAAAACACAUGAUUGUCACAUUCUUUUGCAAAGAAUUUUGCCUGCUGCCAUGAGAGGAUUUCUGGACAGGGAUAUUUAUGAAGCAAUAUCUGAGUUGGGGAGGUUUUUAGGGAAUUGUGCAGCAGAACACUUAAAAAGGAUGUGCUGGUUCAAAUGAAGAAAGAAAUCCCUAUAAUUUUGGUGAAGCUUGAGAAAAUUUUUUCUCCAGCUUUCUUUGAUGUGAUGGUACACCUUGCUGUACAUUUACCUGAUGAGGCUUUGCUCAGCGGUCCUGUGCAAUAUGGUUGGAUGUAUUCAAUUGAGAGGCGGCUAUAUACUUUGAAGCGAUAUGUGAGGAAUAGGUCACGACCAGAAGGUUCAAUUGCCGAGGCAUAUAUUGCUGAUGAGUGUCUGACAUUUUGCUCUAAAUACAUGGACGAUGUUGAAACAAGAUUUAAUCGGGAGCCAAGAAAUAAAGGUUUCUCCAGUGAAGAAGCUUAUGGUGUUGAUGUUUUUGGGCAUGGAGUUAAUUUUACUUCUGCACCUGAAUAUAUAUAUGAUGAAAAUGGCAUUGAUCAAAUGGUGUGGUUUGUGCUGAACAACUGUGCCCAAGUUGAGGAUUACGUCAAUUUGUUCAGAGAAGAGUUAGAGACACAAUGGGUGCCAAACAUUGAAAGAAUGCUUCGACAAGGAUUUCAGACCUGGUUUAGGAACCAUAUUUUGAAGAAGUACUGUACAAAUCCAGAAGAGAUGGAUGUUGAUAUCUUCUCCUUGGCAUGUGGUCCUGAUUUGAGAGUUAGAAAAUAUUCCUCGUGCAUAGUGAAUGGUGUGCGGUUUAACACUGUUAACCGUGACAAGAACAAGAAGACACAGAACAGUGGAGUAAUGUCACAAGCUACACAUAAUGGACAGCUAAUUGAUUUUUUUGGAAACAUAAAAGAGAUAAUUCAAUUGGACUAUAACUUAGAGGAGAGGUCUGUAGUUUUGUUUAAGUGUGACUGGUUCAAACCAUCUUGCUCCUAACCAUCUUGCUCCUAACAUCACCUCGCUCUUGGCGUUUUGGUGUCCUUUGGAUUGUGGCGUUUGGAUUUAUGGAGAUGACCGGUAGAUUUGGGAAAAGGGAGGGAGGGAUAGAUUCAAAGCUCUGUUUGCUUUUAGGGAUAGGGAUAGAAUGAUGGAUUGGGCAUGGGAUAGCAGAAAAUGUGAGACUUUUUUUAGGGCGCCCUGCUAUGCUGCUGACUGUGGUUAAGCGUGGUUUAAAACAUGCUGUUUAGUGUUUACUAAUGAAACUGGAUAGUAUCCUGCACCUCUGUAACACAUUAAUUUAUUAUCACUGUCUACCUGAACAUACAUUUGGUCCUGUUAUUUUUAUUGUGCCUGUCUACCUGAACAUAAAUUUACUAAUGAAACUGGAUAGUAUCCUGCACCUCUGUUUACUAAUUUAUUUAUUUUUAUCAUCGAGUGUGUGCUCAUUGUAAAGCAUAUAUGUUAUUUUCUCUUGUAUAUGAUGAUUUCAUUAGCUGCAUAUUAGUUUUCCAGAAUUAAUUGCUGUAUGCUUUGAAUCAGACUAGUUAUUUAAUGAUUGUAGUGAGUUAUUUUUAGGAGUACUAUUUCGUUCAUGAACUAUCUAAAUUAUUGAUAUGUUGGUCAUGUUUUUUUUUUCAUCUUAGAACCUAUGGUGAAUCCAUAUGAAUUGGUGCGCCUAAAACAAUGCAUGAAGAACAGUGCAAGGCUGAAGGAGCUUGGACUUCUUGACUGCUACGCCCCAGUUUUGGAAGGCCAUGUUGGUGUUCAGUCUGACCAGAAUCAAAGUGAAGAUUUGGAGUCCGAGUACGAUCCUUUACGUGAUGAUACUGGUGAAGAAGAUUUGAUUGAUGAUGAGAAUGCUAAGUGCACUAAGGAGAAGACUUGCAAAAACUCUAAUAACAAAACUUCAAGCAUCCAGACUGGUGGAGUCAAGUUUCGGUCUCGCAAGAGAGUUUAUAGAGAGCAAAUGACUCCUAAAGUUACAAGGUCAAGAAUAAGCAUUGCCCAGCAAGAUGCAAGUCUCACACCAAGUGACAUUUGUGUGCCACAUACAUCACAAGCUAAUGAGAGCCACACUGGGGAACAUGUUGGCAACUUAGAUGACCACACACAGGCUGCUGUU